AUGUCGAACUGGGAUUAUAUCGACGAGGUCGAUAUCAUUCCGAAGCUCCCACCCAAUUUCGAUGAGCUCCGCGAAUCAAAAAAGUGGCAGGAGCGAAAGGAGGCAUUGGAAGCGCUGUUGAAAGUUCUCACUGAUAGUGAGCGUCUCUCCACGAAAGUCUCAUAUGCAGAGCUUAUAGGAAAUGUUCAGACUGUCCUCGCCAAAGAUGCCAACAUUAAUUGUCAAGCGCUAGCUGCAAAGUGCAUCGCCAAAUUCGCCACUGGUCUUCGCACCAAGUUCUCCGCAUUCGCCACACCGCUUCUACCAGUUAUCUUCGACAAAAUGAAAGAGAAGAAGCCAACACUCCGCGAGCCACUUGUCGAAUGUGCCAUGGAAGUGGGAAGAACGAUGCCAUCGUUGGAAGCAGGUCAAGAGGAUAUUCUAGCGGCGUUGGCCAAACCGAACCCACAAAUUAAGCAGCAAACUGCGCUUUUUGUGGCCAAACAGUUGGAUUUGGUGGUUCCUGCGAAGCAGCCAAAGGGAUUUAUCAAAGCUGCCGUGCCAGUUUUCGGAAAACUGACCGGAGACGCUGACCAGGAUGUCAGAGAAGCUUCCCUUCAAGCACUCGGAGCUGUACAACGAAUUAUUGGUGAUAAAAAUGUGAAAUCCCUUCUUGGCGACUUAUCAUCAGACGAAGGAAAGAUGAAGAAGAUAGGAGAAUACGCUGACAAGUCUGCAGCAUCUUACGCCGAAGAACAAGCCAAAAAUGCGCCACCUCCAAGCAGCUCUGCAUCAGCACCAUCUGCAGCAGCAGCUUCGGGAUCAUCUGGAAAUGUGACGUCAGCAGCAGUGACAACUGCAGAGCCGGCAGCUGAAGCAGAUCCUUGGGAUUUCCUCGACGCAUUCGAUGUGCUCUCCAAGAUGCCCGAAGGGUUCGAUACAAACAUUGAGAGCAAGAAGUGGCAAGAGAGAAAAGAAGCGUUGGAAGGAUUACAGCAAUUGCUCACAGCGAAUCCAAAACUCGAUCCGAAAGCCAACUACGGAGCGUUGGUGGAGAGACUUCAGAAGGUUCUCGAGAAAGAUGCCAACAUCAAUGUUGCAGCGUUGGCAGCCAAUUGUAUCACUGGAAUUGCGAAUGGUCUUCGCACAAAGUUCCAAGCUUUCGCCAUCUCAGUAGCUCCAAUCGUUUUCGAGAAAUUCAAAGAGAAGAAGCCAACACUGCGUGAUCCACUUGUCGCUUGCAUUGAUGCCGUUGUUGCUACAUCGAACCUAGAAGCACUUGGAGAAAUCGUGUUGACUGCGCUUGGCAAACCAAACCCAAGCAUCAAGACCCAGACAGAUCUCUUCUUGCAAAGAACCUUCAUGAAACUCAACUCACAAACAAUGCCGAAGAAGACGUUGAAAACACUAGUGCCACUUCUGAUAAAACACUCUGGAGACUCGGAUGCAGAAGUCAGAGAUGCGUCGUACGCGGCAAUGGGAGCCAUGAUGAGAGCUAUCGGAGAGAAGCCAUCACUUCAGUUGCUUGCCGAUAUUGUGACGGACAAUUUGAAGAUGGGAAAGAUCAAGGAGUAUCACCAGAAAGCGUUGGCCGAAGCUGGACCAGCUGAGAUUGCAGCGAUGGUUCAAUCCAUGCACAAAGCAGAUGCUCCACCGGCAGCUGCAGCUCCUCCCAAGAAGGCGGCUCCACCACCGAAGCGACAGGAAUCGGAAGAGGAGCAAGUAGAAGAGGAAGAAGAGCCUCUCAAACUUCCAGCCGGUGAGAAGAAGAAAGAGGAGAAAAAGAAGGCGGCACCCACAAAAGAGAACGCUGAGAACGAGCCACCGGUGGCACCAAAAACCGAGCUGCUGCUCAAUGAUAAUGGAGAGAAGGCGCAGAGAAUCAAGGAGGAGAAACAGUUGAAGCUGGUGAAGUGGAACUUCCAAACACCCACCGACGAACACAUCGCUCAACUGCAAACGCUUCUUGGCAACCAGGCGAAGGUCUCCCUCAUGAGUCAGCUAUUCCACAAGGACUUCAAGCAACAUCUCGCCGCUCUCGACACUCUCAUUCGUCUGGCAGAUACCGCUCCUCGAUCUCUUCUUGCUAACAGUGAUCUCUUGUUGAAAUGGUGCACAUUGCGAUUCUUCGAGACCAAUCCAGCUGCAUUGAUCAAAGUAUUGGAGUUGUGUCGGGUGCUCGUCGAAUUGACUCGUGAUACGGAGACUCCGAUGUCACAAGAGGAAUUGACCGCCUUCGUGCCUUAUCUUCUUCUGAAGACUGGAGAGGCGAAAGAGAAUAUGAGAACUGCAGUCAGAGACAUUAUCAAUGUUCUAUCCGACAUCGUUGGCCCAUUAAAAAUGACACCAAUGCUUCUAGAUGCUCUCAAGUCAAAGAAUGCACGUCAAAGAUCUGAAUGUCUUCUUGUCAUCGAGUCAUACAUCUCUAGUUCCGGAAUUAGUCCAUUGAAAUCUCUCACUGUUGAGAAAAUCGUUGCUCCUUUCGUUGGUGAUAAGGAUGUCAAUGUUAGAAAUGCUGCGAUCAAUGUGCUGGUUGCAUGCUUCAAGUUCGAAGGAGAUCAAAUGUGGAAGGCGGCUGGAAGAAUGGCGGAUAAAGAUAAGUCGCUGGUCGAGGAGAGAAUAAAGAGAUCCGGAGUGAAAGCUGGAAGUGGAGUUGCCACGUCACCACCAAACGGAGGACCGAAGAUUGUGGUCCCUCAGCAGCAACAGUCAGUUGUUCGUCGACCAGCUUCUCGUUCGAGAACUCGUGAACCAGAGCCAGAGGAUGACUAUCAGGAUCAGCGUGCGAUAGCGAAUAGCACCUUCACAAAAGGCAACUCAUCAUCUCGCUAUGCUCUUCGUGACGACGUCUUCGCAACUGCUAUCAAUCGCUUGGCGGACAGCACCUACGUCGUUACCCCACCUCAACCUCCGAGCGCGUGGGCGAAUAACACAUUCCAGAUGAAGCGAACCAAUUCCUCGUCUUCGAUUUCUUCCAUCGACACCUCGGAUCAGAUCCAACGAAGCAUCAACAACAUCUCCAGCAGUCUGGCUGACGUCGCACAGGAUGCUAUGUAUCAGGUCACCUAUGUCUUGAAUCAACCUGAACAACGUCAUCUUGUGGAUAGAAAGGCCGAUAUGGUGUUCAGAGCAUCGGCGGCUCAGUUGGAUAUGAUUAUUGAUGAGUUCAAGGCGGGAAAGGAUGUCACUGGAACAAUGGAUGCUUGCUCUCAAAUGCUUUUUAUUCUUAUGGGCGGAGUCGAGGCGGAACACGGCUUGGAGCCUCUCAAUGCCUCCCCAGAGACCGUCAAAGCUAUCAUCUCUUCAGUGCUCCGUUGCAUUACCCAAAUCGGAAGCACUGACGCCGGCUACACAAUGGCUCGUUCAUUGAAUCGUCUGGCGAUGCGUCUAGUGUAUCGAGUUGAGCUUUCCAACCUUCUUUGUGGCCUUAUCCUUGCGAUGAUCGAAUCCAUUCAACUCAAUUCUGGGAUCACGGAUCUCGUUUCGAAGCUUUCAUCGAAGUGGUGUGACGAGCUGGAAAAGAGAAGAGCGCAGUUGAGAGCAUCGGAUAUCGUGGACGUCUUCAAUCAGUUCUACAUUUGUACUCUUACCGAACAGAAAAUGGAUAUUACCCAUAUCCAUAUUCAAGUGGUGGAUAACUACUUGGAACGGGUCAUUCUUCAACAGGGAGACGUGGUUCUGGACGCUGCUCGACGACUCUCUUCUCCACACAUUCAUCUGACACGGAUGAUCAAUAAAAUUCUGCAAAUGAUGAAAGAGCAGAAUAUCGAUCCAAUCAUGCCGGGAACACUAGAUGCUCGUGCUCCAGACGAGGAAGAAGCUGUCGUAGUGAGAACUGGCGUUCAAGUGUGCGUCAACAACAUCCUUCGAGAUCUGAAGAACGUAUCAACCUACAACGAACAGCUCAAUAAACUCGUACAAUCUAGUGAUAAGUGUCGCAACGAGUACUCAGAAUUGGUGAAGAAUCAUGCGCUUGGUGAGGCUGUCGAGGAGCUCGUGUCGGAGCAAACCAUUCAUGGAGCACCGAAUUUCAACAAGCCAGAUGUGGUGAACGCGAUGACAAUGACAUGGAAAGCGCUGGAUCUUUUGGGGCCAACGAGAGCCGAAACACCAACGACGCCACCCCAGAAUUUGAGUAGAAUGGACACAACUAUUGUCGGUACACCACUAUCGCGUGCUGAAGGUGCUGGAACUAUCACCCGGGCUCGCGGAAACAUCAUGCGCCCGAAACAACGUCCAACGAUGAGCCGAGAACAACACGAGGAGCUCAGGAACCGUCUUCAACAAGCAAAGUUCGGACAAUAA